AUGGUGGAUGGUCUUGAUGACCCAAAGGCAUUGACAUGUAGAGAGGAACUCCUUACUCUCCUUCUGUCACUCCUCCCACUGGUAUGGAAGAUACCUGUUCAAGAAGAAAGGGCAGCAGAUUUUAAUCUACCAUUCUCAGCUGAUAUAAUCCUGGCCAAAGAAAAGAACUCAAGUUCACAAAGAUCUACUCAGGAAAAAUUAUAUUUAGAAGGAAGUGCCCCAUCUGGUCAGGUUUCUGCAAAAGUAAACGUUUUUCGAAAAAGCAGACGACAGCGUAAAAUCACCCAUCGCUAUUCCAUAAGAGAUGCAAGAAAGACGCAGCUCUCCACCUCAGAUUCAGAUGCCAAUUCAGAUGACAAAAGUAUAGCAGUGAAUAAGCAUAAACGGCCCCACCAGCUGCAGCAUUUGGUGACGCAGUCUCCUCAAGAAGACCUCACGGUUAAACCUGACCGCAUGUCAACCAAAGAACAGACCCCUCCUGAUACCAUGGCUUUGGAAAGUUUCCAAGAGAUCAUGCCAAGACAGGAGGCAAACACCGACAUUUUAAGUGAGCCCGCCGCCUUGUCUACUAUGAGUCACAUGCACAAUUCUCCAUUUGACUUGUGUCAUGUUUUGUUAUCUUUGUUAGAGAAAGUUUGUAAGUUCGACAUCACCUUGAAUCAUAAUUCUGCUCUAGCCGCCAGCGUGGUGCCCACACUGACGGAGUUCCUCGCGGGCUUUGGGGACUGCUGUCACCUCAGCGACAGUUUGGAGAGUCCACUGGUGUCUGCAGGAUGGACUGAAGAACCGGUGGCCUUGAUUCAACGAAUGCUUUUUCGAACAGUGUUGCAUCUUAUGUCAGUUGAUAUUAGUACUGCAGAGGUGAUGCCAGAAAGUCUUAGAAAAAAUUUAACUGAGUUGCUUAGAGCAGCUUUAAAAAUUAGAACUUGCCUAGAAAAGCAGCCUGACCNUUUUGCACCAAGACAAAAGAAAACACUACAGGAGGUCGGGGAAGGUUUUGUGUUUUCAAGGCAUCGGCACAGAGCCCUCCUCUUACCCGAGAUUCUGGAAGGAGUGCUGCAGAUCCUCCUCUGCUGUCUUCAGAGUGCAGCUUCCAAUCCCUUCUUCUUCAGCCAAGCCAUGGAUUUGGUUCAAGAAUUCAUUCAGCACCAUGGAUUUCAUUUAUUUGAAACGGCAGUUCUCCAAAUGGAAUGGCUGAUUUUAAGAGAUGGUGUUCCUACCGAGGCCUCAGAACAUUUGAAAGCCCUAAUAAAUAGCGUGAUGAAAAUAAUGAGCGCUGUGAAAAAAGUGAAAUCAGAGCAACUUCAUCAUUCAGUGUGUACACGAAAGAGGCACAGACGGUGUGAAUACUCCCACUUUAUGCACCACCACAGAGACCUCUCGGGCCUUCUGGUUUCAGCUUUUAAAAACCAGGUUUCCAAAAUCCCAUUCGAGGAGACCGCGGACGGCGAGGUUUACUACCCCGAGCGGUGCUGCUGUCUUGCAGUGUGUGCUCACCAGUGCCUGCGCCUCCUGCAGCAGGCCUCGCUGAGCAGCACGUGCGUCCAGAUCCUGUCCGGAGUCCACAACGUCGGGAUAUGCUGUUGUAUGGACCCCAAAUCCAUCAUCAUUCCUUUGCUCCAUGCUUUUCAGUUGCCAGCCCUGAAAAGUUUCCAGCAGCAUAUAUUGAACAUCCUUAACAAACUUAUUUUGGAUCAGCUAGGAGGAGCCGAGAUAUCACACAAAAUUAAAAAAGCAGCUUGCAAUAUUUGUACUGUUGACUCCGAUCAACUAGCUAAGCUAGAAGAAACACUGCAGGGGGAUGCCUGUGACACAGAACCUUCCUCGGGGUUACCCAGUCCUUCUUACAGGUCUCAAGGGAUCCUGCCCAGCAGUGGGGCUGAAGACAUGCUGUGGAGAUGGGAUGCCCUAGAGGCUUAUCAGAAUUUUGUUUUCGAAGGAGACAGAUUACAUAGUGUACAGAUUGCAAAUCACAUUUGCAGUUUAAUCCAGAAAGGCAAUGUAGUUGUUCAGUGGAAAUUGUACAAUUACAUAUUUAACCCUGUGCUCCAAAGAGGGGUUGAGCUGGCCCACCACUGUCAGCACCUCAGCACUCCUUCAGCUCAGAGUCAUGUGUGUGGCCGUCACAGCCAGUGUUUGCCUCAGGAAGUCCUUCAGCUUUAUUUAAAAACGCUGCCUUCCCUGUUUAAAUCAAGGGUAAUAAGAGAUUUGUUUUUAAGUUGUAAUGGAGUAAGUCAAUUAAUUGAAUUAAAUUACUUAGAUGGUAUCCGGAGUCAUUCCCUAAAAGCAUUUGAAACUCUGAUAAUCAGCCUCGGGGAACAGCAGAAAGAUUCUUCAAUUCCAGGUCCUGAUGGGAUAGACGUUGAACAGAAGGAGUCGUCAGCUUUAAAUGCAGGUACUUCUCUGCAUAACCAGCAAAUUUACUCAGAUUCUCCUCAGAGUCUUAGAAAAUUUUAUGCCAGCCUCAAAGAAGCUUAUCCGAAGAAACGGAAAGCAGUUAACCAGGAUGUUCACCUCAACACGAUAAACAUCUUCCUGUGUGUGGCAUUCUUGUGUGUAAGUCAAGAAGCCGAAGUUGAUGGCGAGCCCGCCAACGAUUCCGAAGACACUUCCGGCUACGACAGCACGGCAAGCGAGCCGCUGCACCUCGUACUGCCGUGUCUGCCCCUCGAGAGCCUCGUCUUGCCUUCUCCGGAACACAUGCACCAAGCCGCAGACAUUUGGUCCAUGUGUCGUGGCAUCUACAUGUUGAGUCCAGUUUUCCAGAAACAGUUUUAUAGACUUGGUGGUUUCCGGGUGUGCUAUAAAUUAAUAUUUAUGAUCAUACAGAAACUACUCAGAAGUCAUGAACAGGAGCAAGGGAAAAAAGAAGGAGAGAUACAUGUGAAUGAAAACCAAGAUUUAAUCAGAACGCCUCAACCUGAGCUCAGAAUGAAGGAAGAUGUGUUAUCUUUGACUGUGAAGAGUCCCCCUACACCACCAGAACUGGGUAGCCUAAAGGACAGUGCUGACAGUUUGGGUCAACUGGAGUCACAGCAUAUUGCUUCCAUAAAUGUGGAACAAAUUUCAGCCACCGAAGCUGCUCCUGAGGAAGCAAAGGACCUUACGAGUCGAGAAAGUGAGACCUCACUUCAGAGCAUACGGCUUUUGGAAGCCCUUCUGGCCAUUUGUCUGCAUGGCAGCAGAGCCAGUCAGCAAAAGAUGGAAGUAGAGUUACCUGAUCAGAACUUGUCUGUGGAAAGUAUAUUGUUUGAAAUGAGGGACCAUCUUUCCCGAUCGAAGGUGAUUGAAACAGAAUUGGCAAAGCCUUUAUUUGACGCCCUGCUUCGAGUUGCACUGGGGAACCACUUAGCAGAUUUUGAACACAGUGAUGCUGUGAUUGAGAAGAGUCAUCAAUCUGAAGAAGAACUGUCAUCCCAACCUGGAGAUUUUUCAGAAGAAGCUGAGGAUUCUCAGUGCUGCAAUUUUAAACUUUUGGUUGAAGAAGAAGGUUAUGAAGCAGAUAGUGAAAGCAAUCCUGAGGAUAGUGAAACAUGGGAUGAUGGGGUAGAUGCAAAGCCGGAAGCAGAAGGUUUCAUUGCAUCAAGCAGUCCAAGUGACUUACUUGAAACCCUCACUCCAGGGGAAAUAAUAUAUCCUGAGAUUUGUAUGCUGGAAUUAAAUUUGCUUUCUACUUGUAAAGCCAAACUUGAUGUGAUUGCCCACGUAUUUGAGAGUUUUUUGAAAAUCAUCAGGCAAAAAGAAAAGAAUAUUUUUCUACUCAUACAACAGGGAACUGUGAAAAAUCUUUUAGGAGGGUUCUUGAGUAUUUUAACACAGGCUGAUUCUGAUUUUCAAGCAUGCCAGAGAGUACUGGUGGACCUUUUGGUGUCUUUGAUGAGUUCAAGAACAUGUUCGGAAGAGCUAACCCUUCUUUUGAGAAUAUUUCUGGAGAAAUCUCCUUGUACAGAAAUUCUUCUUCUGGGUAUUCUGAAAAUUGUUGAAAGUGAUAUUACUAUGAGCCCUUCACAAUAUCUAACUUUCCCUUUACUGCAUACUCCAAAUUUAAGCAAUGGCAUUUCAUCACAAAAGUGUCCUGCGAUUCUCAACAGUAAAGCCAUGGGAUUAUUGAAAAGAGCACGAGUUUCACGGAGCAAGAAAGAGGAUGACAGUGACAGUUUUCCCCAGCAGUUGCUUUCCUCUUGGCACGUAGCCCCAGUCCACUUACCAUUGCUGGGACAAAACUGCUGGCCACACCUGUCCGAAGGGUUCAGUGCUUCCCUGUGGUUUAAUGUGGAGUGUGUCCAUGAUGCUGAGAGUAGCACAGAGAAACGAAAGAAGAUCAAGAAAAGAAACAAAGCAUUAAUCUUACGGGAUAGUAGUUUUGAUGGAACAGAGAAUGGCAGGCCAGAAGGUGCAGAGGAUGUAAAUCCUGGUGAGAGACUCCUAGAAGAAGGCUGUAUUCACAUGAUCUCAUUGGGAUCCAAAGCGUUGAUGAUUCAAGUGUGGGCUGAUCCCCACACUGGCACUUUCAUCUUUCGUGUGUGCGUGGAUUCAAAUGAUGAUACGAAAGCUGUUUUACUAGCACAGGCUGAAUCACAAGAGAAUGUGUUCCUCCCAAGCAAAUGGCAACAUUUAGUCCUCACCUACUUACAGCAGCCCCAGGGGAAAAAGACUAUCCGUGGGAGAAUCUCCAUAUGGGUCUCCGGACAGAGGAAACUUGAUGUUACUUUGGAUUUUAUUCCUCCGAGAAAAACAAGUUUGUCAUCUGAUAUCAAUAAAACAUUUUGCAUGAUCGGCCAUUGUUUAUCAUCCCAAGAAGAGUUUUUGCAAUUGGCUGGAAAAUGGGACCUGGGAAAUUUACUCCUCUUCAAUGGAGCUAAGAUUGGUUCACAGGAGGCCUUCUGUCUAUAUGCUUGUGGACCCAACUAUACAUCUAUAAUGCCAUGUAAAUAUGGCAAGCCUAUGACUGACUACUCCAAAUAUAUUAAUAAAGAAAUCCUGCAAUGUGAACAAAUCAGAGAACUUUUUAUGACCAAGAAAGAUGUGGAUGUUGGUCUCUUAAUUGAAAGUCUUUCGGUCGUUUAUACAGUGUCCUGUCCUGCUCAGUACACCAUCUAUGAGCCAGUUAUUAGACUAAAAGGCCAAGUGAAAACCCAACUCUCUCAAAGACCCUUCAGCUCCAAGGAAGUUCAGAGCACUGUAUUGGAACCUCAUCAUCUAAAGAACCUCCGACCUGCUGAAUGUAAAACGAUUCAAGGCAUUCUGCACGAGAUUGGGGGGACUGGGAUAUUUGUUUUUCUUUUUGCCAGGGUUGUGGAACUCAGUAGCUGUGAAGAAACUCAAGCAUUAGCACUGAGAGUUAUACUCUCGUUAAUUAAAUACAAUCAACAGAGAAUACAUGAACUAGAAAAUUGUAAUGGGCUUUCCAUGAUUCAUCAGGUGUUGAUCAAACAAAAAUGCACUGUUGGCUUUCACAUUUUGAAGACCCUUCUUGAAGGUUGCUGUGGUGAAGAUAUUCUUCUUAUCAAUGAGAAUGGAGAGUUUCAGUUGGAUGUAGAGUCUAAUGCCAUUAUCCAAGAUAUUAAGCUGCUCGAGGAGCUAUUGCUUGACUGGAAGAUAUGGAAUAAAGCAGAGCAAGGUGUUUGGGAAACUCUGCUGGCGGCUCUGGAGGUGCUCAUCCGAGCCGAUCACCACCAGCAGAUGCUGAAUAUCAAGCAGUUACUGAAAGCGCGAGUGGUUCAUCACUUUCUGCUGACUUGUCAGGUUUUGCAGGAACACAAAGAGGGGCAGCUUACUUCCAUGCCCCGAGAGGUUUGUAGAUCAUUUGUGAAAAUUAUAGCAGAAGUCCUUGGAUCUCCUCCAGAUUUGGAAUUAUUGACAAUUAUCUUCAAUUUCCUUUUAGCAGUUCACCCUCCUACUAAUACUUACGUUUGUCACAACCCCACAAACUUCUACUUUUCUUUGCACAUAGAUGGCAAGAUCUUCCAGGAGAAGGUAGAGUCUAUCAUGCACCUGAGACAUUCCAGCGGCGGUGGGAAGUCUGUCCCCAGCCCUGGGCUGAUGGUAAUAAGCCCUUCUGCUUUUACCGCUUCACCAUCUGAAGGAAACAAUUCCUCCAGUAUCAUCCCACCAUGGAUGACUGCUAACCUGCGGCGUUCUCGAAGCCUGCCAGCACUUCCUACUUCUCCUCUAAUGCAGCCACAAAAAAUGAUGGCAAGUUCAGGUUGUGGUAUUGACAGGUUACAAAGUACUACAGAUAAUCGUGUUGCUGCCCAGCCAGAGAAACAGAAUCCUCUGGGGAGUUCCGAGACACUGAAAAAAAGCCCAGAGGACCCAGUCAUCAGUAGCUGUGAGUCUGCAAAAGCCAUUGGUGAGAUGGAACCUGGGCUUUUGGGACAAGCCUCUGUGGAUGGUGUCUCCAAGGGGACAUUGGAAUUUCCGCUGUACAAAGGAGAUCAUAAAGAGUUGGGAGCAGAGCUCAGUUUAGAUGAUGACAGCCCUGGGGACGAGUCCUGCCCACGCCGCCCCGAUCACCUGCAGGGACUGGCUUCAUUCCAGAGAAGCCACAGCACUAUUGCAAGCCUCGGGCUGGCUUUUCCUGCACAGAAUGGGUCCGCAGCCCUCGGCCGUUGGCCAACUCUUGUUGAUGGGAACACCGAGGGUUGGGAAAGCUUUGCCCUCCCUCUUGGUUAUGAGCCAAACUACAGCCGAACUACAAUUGCUCUCAGUGUAACCGAAGACUGUUUGGUACCUAUAUGCUGUGGAUUAUAUGAGCUGUUAAGUGGAGUUCUUCUCAUCCUGCCUGACAUUAUGCUUGAAGAUGUGAUGGACAAGCUGAUUCAAGCGGAUAUGCUGUUAGUCCUCGUUAACCACCCAUCACAUGCUAUCCAACAAGGAGUUAUUAAACUAUUAGAUGCAUAUUUUAAUAGAGCAUCUAAGGAACAAAAAGAUAAAUUUCUGAAGAAUCGUGGCUUUUCCUUGCUAGCCAACCAGUUGUAUCUUCAUCGGGGAACUCAGGAGCUGUUAGAAUGCUUCAUAGAAAUGUUCUUUGGUCGACAUAUUGGCCUUGAUGAAGAAUUUGAUCUGGAAGAUGUGAAAAGCAUGGGACUUUUUCAGAAGUGGUCUGUCAUUCCUAUCCUGGGACUAAUAGAGACCUCUCUGUAUGACAACAUGCUCUUGCAUAAUUCUCUUUUAUUUCUUCUCCAAAUAUUAAAUUCUUGUUCUAAGGUAGCAGAUAUGUUGUUGGAUAAUGGUCUUCUCUACGUGUUAUGUAAUACAGUGGCAGCCCUGAAUGGAUUAGAAAAGAACAUUCCUUUGAAUGAAUACAAAUUGCUUGCUUGCGAUGUACAGCAGCUUUUCAUAGCAGUUACAAUUCACGCAUGCAGCUCCUCAGGCACACAGUAUUUCAGAGUCAUUGAAGACCUCAUUGUACUGCUUGGAUAUCUUCAAAAUAGCAAAAACAAGAGGACACAAAAUAUGGCUGUUGCACUACAGUUCAAAGUUCUCCAGGCUGCUAUGGAAUUUAUAAGGACCACUGCAAAUCAUGACUCUGAAAACCUUACAAAUUCAUUCCAGUUACCCUCUGCUCCCCAUCAUACAGUAUUUCAAAAGAGGAAGAGCAUUGCUGGUCCCUGGUGGACUCUACCAUCAGCCUGUGCCUGGGCCACACAGGCGCCUUCCUGCUGCUCUCUGUGCUCUGUGACGUCUGUAACAGGCUGUCCUCACUCUCUGCAGAUAACUAACUAUUUCCUUUUCACUAGUUCAAGUAAAACCAGUGGUUCCAAGCAGCAGUGGACUAAGAUCUUAUGGUCGUGUAAGGAAACCUUCCGAAUGCAACUGGGGAGACUACUGGUGCAUAUUUUGUCACCAGCCCACCCUUCACAAGAGAGAAAGCAAAUUUUCGAAAUAGUUCGUGAACCAAAUCAUCAGGAAAUACUACGAGACUGUCUUAGCCAAAAUCUGCAAAUCCUAGAGCUCAUUCCACUGCAAUACGCAGAGAUCCGCUCCUGCCUUUUUCCAGCCACCUACAAGCUUCUCUUUCAGCGUCUUGAUUCAAAAUCAAAGGAUAUAUCAAAAGUAGCAGCAGAUAUCACCCAGGCAGUGUCUCUCGCCCAAGGAAUUGAGAGAAAAAAGGUGAUCCAGCAUAUCAGAGGAAUGUAUAAAGUAGAUCUGAGUGCCAGCCGACACUGGCAGGAACUUAUUCAGCAGCUGACACACGAUCGAGCAGUGUGGUAUGACCCCAUCUACUAUCCAACUUCAUGGCAGCUGGAUCCAACCGAAGGGCCAGAUCGCGAGAGGAGGCGUUUACAGAGGUGUUACUUAACUAUUCCAAACAAGUAUCUCCUGCGGGACAGACAGAAAUCAGAAGACUUGGUCAAACCACCACUCUCUUAUCUCUUUGAAGACAAAACUCAUUCUUCUUUCUCUUCUACUGUAAAAGACAAAGCUGCAAGUGAGUCUAUAAGAGUGAAUCGGAGAUGUAUCAGCGUUGCACCAUCUAGAGAGACAGCUGGUGAAUUGUUGUUAGGUAAAUGUGGAAUGUAUUUUGUGGAAGAUAAUGCUUCUGAUGCAGUUGAAAGUUCGAGCCUUCAGGGAGACUUGGAACCAGCAUCAUUUUCCUGGACAUAUGAAGAAAUCAAAGAAGUUCACAAGCGUUGGUGGCAGCUGAGAGAUAAUGCCGUGGAAAUCUUUUUAACAAAUGGCAGAACUCUCCUGUUAGCAUUUGAUAACACCAAGGUUCGUGAUGAUGUGUACCACAGUAUACUAACAAAUAACCUCCCCAACCUUCUGGAAUACGGCAACAUCACCGCUCUGACAAAUCUGUGGUAUACUGGGCAAAUUACUAAUUUUGAAUAUUUGACUCACUUAAACAAACAUGCCGGCCGGUCCUUCAAUGACCUCAUGCAGUACCCCGUGUUCCCGUUCGUCCUGGCCGACUAUGUCAGUGAGACCCUCGACCUAGGCGAUCCGGCCAUAUACAGCAUGGAGAAUGGUGUCGCAGGUGGUAGGGAGGAUGGAAAAGAAGACGAGGGAGGCUUUUCCGACUUUGCUUGGAGCUCACCGCCAUGCAUUGUGUCAUUCCAUUUCCUUCAGUACCUGGAGGAGGAGUACCGCAAGGGAGCCAGGGAGGACGACCCCCUGCCCCCCGUGCAGCCCUACCACUACGGCUCCCACUACUCCAACAGCGGCACCGUGCUUCACUUCCUGGUCAGGAUGCCUCCCUUCACGAAGAUGUUUUUAGCCUAUCAAGGCUUUGAUUUCGGUGUGCGGCAGAAUGGUGAACGGGUUAAUCACGUCAAUCUCCCGCCUUGGGCCCGGAACGACCCUCGUCUUUUUAUCCUCAUUCAUCGACAGGCUCUAGAGUCUGAGCACGUGUCCCAGAAUAUCUGUCAGUGGAUUGACUUGGUGUUCGGAUAUAAGCAAAAAGGGAAGGCUUCCGUUCAAGCCAUCAAUGUUUUUCAUCCUGCUACAUACUUUGGAAUGGAUGUCUCUGCAGUUGAAGAUCCUGUCCAGAGACGAGCUCUAGAAACCAUGAUCAAAACCUACGGCCAGACCCCUCGUCAGCUGUUCCAGUCGGCCCACGUGAGCAGACCUGGCUCCAAGCUCAACAUCGAAGGAGAGCUCCCUGCUGCCGUGGGACUAUUAGUGCAGUUCGCUUUCCGGGAAACCCGAGAGCAGGCCAAAGAAGUUGUCUAUCCGAGUCCUUUGUCGUGGAUAAAAGGCUUGAAGUGGGGGGAGUACGUAGGCUCCCCGAGUGCUCCAGUGCCUGUGGUCUGCUUCAGCCAGCCCCAUGGGGAAAGCUUUGGUUCUCUCCAGGCCCUGCCCACCAGAGCGAUCUGCGGUUUGUCCCGAAAUUUCUGUCUUCUGAUGACAUACAGCAAAGAACAAGGUGUGCGAAGCAUGAACAGCACUGACAUCCAGUGGUCGGCCAUCCUGAGCUGGGGAUAUGCCGAUAACAUUCUCCGACUGAAGAGUAAACAGAGCGAGCCUCCUAUCAACUUCAUACAGAGUUCACAACAGUAUCAGGUGACUAGCUGUGCGUGGGUCCCUGACAGUUGCCAGCUGUUUACUGGGAGCAAAUGCGGUGUCAUCACAGCCUAUACAAACAGGUUUACAAGCAGCACGUCUUCAGAGAUAGAAAUGGAAUCUCAGGUCCAUCUCUAUGGGCACACGGAAGAGAUCACCAGCUUGUUUGUCUGCAAACCAUACAGUGUAAUGAUAAGUGUGAGCAGAGAUGGAACCUGCAUCAUAUGGGACUUAAACAGGUUAUGGAGUACGUGGGACCUAAAGCCGGUGCGGGAAAUCACAUUUCCCAAAUCAAACAAGCCCAUUGUCAGCCACAGGAGCGUGCCUGACAAGACUGAUAAACAACCAGUUACCUUCCGCUCCAUUAACAAGUUUGACUUUCAAAACUCAAUGGGAUGUGGUUUUGGCGUUUCAGCUGGCGGAGGCAGUGACCUCAGGCUCUGGACAGUGAACGGAGACCUCGUGGGACAUGUCCACUGCAGAGAGAUCAUUUGCUCUGUUGCUUUCUCGAACCAGCCGGAGGGAGUAUCCAUCAAUGUGAUUGCUGGGGGACUAGAAAACGGAAUUGUGAGGUUAUGGAGUACGUGGGACCUAAAGCCGGUGCGGGAAAUCACAUUUCCCAAAUCAAACAAGCCCAUUGUCAGGUAAACGCCUCUCCCAUCUUUAUAGUAUACUCUGUGAUGUAUUUUUGUUAGAGAGACAUGAAGGCACACAGACCUAAAGAAAUACGUGAUCAGAGUCACUGUCCACAGCUGAUGUUUAUCUAACACUAGGCUGUCCAACCCAGUGGCCAAAGGAGGCCAGUUCUUGUCUCUCUGGAGCUUAAAUCCUGAGUCUGGAGCUGAGUCUAACAGACAGGCAUGCUGGGAAACUCCCUGGAGAGGGCCUCUUCAUUAGAGAAGCAAUAUUUUUUCUUGUCUUUAUUGAAAAUACCAAUGGUGAUUGAUAGCCACAGGAGCGUGCCUGACAAGACUGAUAAACAACCAGUUACCUUCCGCUCCAUUAACAAGUUUGACUUUCAAAACUCAAUGGGAUGUAAGUGAUUCAAAUUCUACAUUUAUUUUCAAUG